AGAAUGAACCACCCAGCUCCUGUAGAAGUCACAUACAAGAACAUGAGAUUUCUUAUGACACACAAUCCAACCCAUGCGACCUUAAACAAAUUUACAGAGGAACUUAAGAAGUAUGGAGUUAGCACAAUAGUAAGAGUGUGUGAAGCAACUUAUGACACUACUCUUGUGGAGAAAGAAGGCAUCCGUGUUCUCGACUGGCCUUUGGAUGAUGGUGCACCACCAUCUAACCAGAUUGUUGAUGACUCAUUAAAUCUUGUAAAAAUCACGUUUCGUGAAGAACCUGGUUGUUGUAUUGCCAUUCAUUGUGUUGCAGGCCUUGGGAGAGCUCCAGGGCUUGUUGCUCUCGCAUUAAUUGAAGGUGGAAUGAAAUAUGAAGAUGCAGUACAAUUCAUAAGACAAAAGCAGCGGGGAGCUUUUAACAGCAAGCAACUUCUGUAUUUGGAGAAGUAUCGUCCUAAGAUGCGGCUGCGCUUCAAAGACUCCAAUGGUCAUAGAAACAACUGUUGCAUUCAGUAAAACUGGGAUGCCUGAUGCUGUUGCCUUGGAAGUAAAACUUGAGACAGGACCUAAUGUGUCAUAUGUACAUGUAUUAGCCAACAUGUUGGCUGGAUUAAUGAAGCUUCCAUAGGAGUAUUAUAAAG